AUGGCCUUCCUCGUUCCCGUUAAGGAGUCUGACAUUUCCAUCGUCUACGACUCCAACCACCGCAAGCUCGUUUUCGGGGCCAAGGGCGAGAUCCCCAAGGUCUGGUUCAACCCUUUCUUCCAGCAGGAGGCUCUCGUCGGCGGCCUUGGCUUCUCCAUCCGCGACUUCGCCGGUGGCGUUCCUGCUCAGAAGGGCGAGAAGUCUUUUGAUAUCUCGCUUGACUUCCCGAUCAACCUGCCCCUGCAGCACUUCAACAACAAUAGUGUCCUGAUCGAGACCGCCAACGGCAGUUUCCCCAUCAAGAUCAAGUACACCGGCUUCGCGCCAGGCCCCGUCAUCACCGGCGGCAAGGACGGCGAGACAGAGGGUACCACCACCCGAAGCGUCCUGCCUCCGAUUACGAACUUCCUCCCUGCCCCUGAGCAUGUGUUGCGCAUCACUGCGCAGAUUCCCAGGGUUGAGGCGCCCGCUACCGUUGAGGUCAAACCUUCCUACAACCGUGUUUUCCUCGAGUUGGUUGAUACUACGGCCCAGCUGGGAAGCAUUUCCUGGACCUUCAAAUGGAGAGAGCUUCCCACUGCCGAGGGCACAAACCCCCAGCUGAUCGACAUCACCACCCACACCUACAACGGACUCGUCGGCCAUGCCGCCCACAACUCCUACGUCAUUCAGGGCCACAUUGUCCACUUCGUCGUUUUCGAAAAGAAGUAA